CAAUGUUGAACGCACCGAAUCCAAACCCGCGCGAAUGGGUUUAAGUGUUUUGGAUCACUUUAGGGUUUAAUUUUCCCAUUUUCCUUCCAGCUGAGGUACUUCCCGCCGGCCACCGCACGCGACGGAAUCGAAAGGUUACUAUCCACUUAGCGCCGGAUCAGAUGGCUUUGCGAGGGGUUUGGCAACUUAACAAGCUGAUUGUCAGCUAUUGCGACUGGGGUGGAAGUAGCAGAGGUAUAAGGGCAUUUAUGGAGUCUCAUUUGCCAGCGUUCAAGGAGAAGAAUCCUCAAUUAGAAGUGGUUACUGAACUCAUUCGUGGUCAACAUCCACAUCUGAAGGGUUUUUACCAAAACAAGAAUCAGCGAGUGAUAUGUGUGAAGAAUAUGGAUCCGGAAGAUGUACUUAUGCAUGCAACCAGGCUAAGGAAUGCAUUGGGAAGGAAGGUAGUGAAAUUGAGGACAAGACACGUAACCAAACACCCUAGUGUGCAAGGUACUUGGACAACUGCAGUGGAGUAUUAAGAUAGAAAACCAGGUGUAUGAGAAAGUUCCUUUUCUUUUGGUGAAUUAAUCACUUUGUGAACUAGUGGGUAUAAGCUCUCAUGUAUCUGGCACAGUUUCCAGUUUUUCAAUAAUUUUUUAUUUAGGUAUGCAUUGUUUGCAUCCCAAUGAUGAAUUUGAUUGUUAAGGCCAAGUAGUCACUGGUUCCACAGGUUAAGGGUAUGACUGGCAUUUCGCAUGGUUGUGAAAUCUGAUGUUUGACAUUUUGGCCA